AUCGCAUUCUAAAUUUGCCAUUUUUGUCUCGCCUUCCCUCUACUUUCCGGCGAAAUUGUUCUCCGUCUUUGGGGGUUUGAUCCGAGUUAUUUGUAUACGUAUUGCUGUCCUCGUUUUCCGUCGAAUUCUUGUUAUUAGGGUUAGGGUUCAAUCGAUUCUUCUCCGAGAUCGCUCGAGAUCGGAGGGGAUAAGGGCGGCGGACCGGCGGAAAUCGGUGUGCUAGGGUUUCCUAUUUGGGGAUCUUCGAGCGGCAUGGUUCAGUUGCCGGACGCCGGCAAGCGCCGGGUUGAUUCCACCCCGCACGCUGCCCCGGAGGCCGCGGCCGUGAAGCUGGAAAUCGAGGACCCCUUGGUCGACGAACACGGCCCUCUCAACAAGAGAUCCAAGGAUGCGAGCUAUCCAAAUCAGCAGGCUAUGUACUACAAUGUGCUUGAGGAACCUGGACCGUUGGGCCUUCGACUCAGGAAGAGUCCGUCUCUGGCUGAUUUGAUUCAGAUGAGGCUUUCUCAAGCAAAAUCGGGUGGCACAUCAUGUGCUACUAGUUUGGGUAGCUCGGAGGUUGGCGAUAACAAAGAACUGAAGUCCUCAGCUGCUUCGAGCUCGUCGAACAAGAUCAAAGCUUCAAACUUUCCUGCAACACUUUUGAGGAUCGGGACAUGGGAGCGUGUAUCUAGAUAUGAAGGUGAUCUAGUAGCAAAAUGCUACUUUGCGAAACAUAAACUUGUAUGGGAAGUUCUCGAAGGUGGUCUGAAGAGCAAGAUUGAAUUUCACUGGUCUGACAUCACUGCAAUUAAGGCAACAUUCUCUGAAGGUGGCCAUGGAACCUUGGAUAUUGUGUUGGCAAGACCACCACUUUUUUUCCGGGAGACUGAUCCUCAGCCAAGAAAGCAUACACUCUGGCAAGCAACUCAAGACUUUACCAAUGGUCAGGCAAGCAUAUAUAGGAGGCAUCUCCUUCAAUGUCCCCAAGGCUUGUUGAGCAAGAAUUUUGAGAAGCUCAUUGAUUGCGAUCCUAGAUUAAAAUUACUUAGUCAGCAACCAGAUGUGUUAGAUUCUCCAUACUUUGAACCUCAAUACUCUGUUUUUGAGGAUCACAGUGAUUCUAAAAGCCAUAUACUUGAUGGCAGUAAGGAAGAUUGUGGAGCUACUUUCUCAGGCUUUUGUGAAUCUGGUUCUCCUUGUGCAACUUCAUCACUGUCCAAUAAGAGUGAAGUACGGGAUUCUUUUGGGAGGACACCAGAUUUUGAUCCACAAGAUACUCCUUCACCAUGCUCAGGAGUCGAAGCUCGGUCAACUGAAGAAAACAACACUAGUAAGGAGACGGAAGAAAGGGGUCCUGACUGGUGGGAACAAUUGAAAUUGCCUGGACUAAGAGGAUCUAUGUCCAUGACUGAUCUUGUAAACCACCUAGGUCAACACAUUUCCGAGCAGAUGACUUCAGUCAAUCCGUCCUUGCCUAGCGAUGCUCUACCGAACAAAGAGGUUCUGGAAGAUAUAGCGCAGUAUCUUCUCAAUGAUUCUCAGUGUUCUGCCACUUCUGACGAACAAUCCAUCAUCUCAAGGGUUAAUUCUCUUUGCUGUCUGCUCCAGAAAGAUAACAGAACAGGCACGACGCAGAAUUCUCAAACGAAGGACAGUGCUGAAGCGCAAGUUGAUGCUGGAUCCGAUGAUGAGCUUGUUGAUGCUGCACAACCACCCAUCACAAGAAAAGAGUCUUUUGGGGAGCUUCUGAUACUUCCUCGAAUAGCCUCGAUGCCGAAGUUCUUGUUCAAUAUAUCUGAGGAUGAAGAAAAGGAAACGAGAUAGCUUGGUUUUCGCCAACAUGACAUCUUCAUGCCCCUCUCCAUCAUGGAUUUUAUGAUAAAGAUUUCACUGGUGAAUCAAAGGACAGGUAUGCGUGAGUUUGCUGCACGUAUGUUUGAUGAAAGGGUGCACAAUACUUUGUUUGCACGAGUGAUGACAUGUAAUUCUAGAACUGAUGAGUUUGAUUGGGUGCGUACGGAAUUAGUUCGAGGAACAUAUGAUAUCGACGGG